AUGGACGGGUCUAUAGAUGAAGACCUGCACGAGGAGAGCGAGGCGCAGGUGUGUGCGCUCGACGCCGACGUUCACGCUCGUGUGUGCGCUCUUGAGCUGCGGGUCCAAUCACAGGAGGACGAGCUCACUGUGCUCAAGGCAGCACUAGCUGAUGUCAUCCGCCGCCUCAGCCAAUCAGAGGAGAGCAAGAGGCAGAGCAAAGGCUCGAUGCGGGAGGCCUACUCUCUCUCCUGUCUCCCGAACGGGGGAGGAGCGGGGAGCACCCAUGGGCCCUCGAGGGGGAGCACCCACGGGAGACGCAGAGACCGAGAGUCUGGAUCCGUGACCCGAAAGGAGACACUGUCCUCAGCCGCCAAGAGCGGAACAGAGAAGAGGAAGGAGUCUCUGCACAAGUCCCAGUCCAGAGCCGACCUGGACCAGACCCAGGACCAGCCCAGAGGCGGCAGCUCGCGGCGCUCACUGGAUCGAGAUGAUGACCGCCUGCACCGCGUCGCCUCCACGUCCAAAGUGUUAGCGCGCGUUGCUAAGCAGGCGCAUAGGAGCAAAGAUCCAGUAGUGAGUCCAGCCAAAAUGUCCACCAGAGAAAAGACCAAAGAGACGCAGGCAGAGGGGAACGUCAUAAAGAUGUUCAUGCGCGGCCGUCCCAUCACGAUGUUUAUUCCGUCAGAUGUUGAAAACUACAAUGACAUGAAGACGGAGCUGCCUCCAGAGCGUCUCAAACUGGAGUGGGCGUAUCCUUCUGUGCUGCCUGAUACUCAGGGAAAGUUGCGCUGUCCUCACAACACCCCUCACAGUACUUCUCACAGCACCCCUCGCAGUACUCCUCACAACACCCCUCGCAGUACUUCUCACAACACCCCUCGCAGUACUCCUCACAACACCCCUCGCAGUACUUCUCACAACACCCCUCGCAGUACUCCUCACAACACCCCUCGCAGUACUCCUCACAACACCCCUCAGCAGUACUCCUCACAACACCCCUCGCAGCAGUACUCCUCACAACACCCCUCGCAGUACUCCUCACAACACCCCUCGCAGUACUCCUCACAACACCCCUCGCAGUACUCCUCACAACACCCCUCGCAGUACUCCUCACAACACCCCUCGCAGUACUCCUCACAACACCCCUCGCAGUACUCCUCACAACACCCCUCGCAGUACUCCUCACAACACCCCUCGCAGUACUUCUCACAGUACCCCUCGCAGUACUCCUCACAGUACCCCUCACAGUACUCCUCACAACACUCCUCGCAGUACUCCUCGCAGCACCCCUCGCAGUACUCCUCACAACACCCCUCGCAGUACUCCUCGCAGUACUCCUCGCAAUACGGGUACCGUGGCAGAGACUGCAGAGCGAACGUGUUCCUGCUGCCGACCGGAGAAACUGUUUACUUCAUUGCUUCAGUCGUCGUUUUGUUCAACAGUGAAGAACGAACUCAGCGUCACUAUAUCGGCCACAGCGACUGCGUCAAGUGUCUGGCUCUUCAUCCUGAUAAGAUUCGAGUCGCAACAGGACAGAUCGCAGGAGUCGACAAAGACGGACGAGCGCUGGCUCCUCACGUCAGAGUCUGGGACAGUGUGAGUCUGUCCACGCUGCAGGUCGUGGGACAGGGUACAUUCGAGCGUGGAGUCGGCUCACUGGCCUUUUCUAAAGCUGACUCAGGCGUGCACCUUGCCGUGGUGGACGACUGUAACGACCACAUGUUGACAGUUUGGGACUGGAACCGAAAACAGAAAGUGGCUGAAAUCAAGACAACCAAUGAAUUGGUGCUGGGGGUGGAGUUUCACCCAACAGACUCCGCCUCCAUCGUCACCUGUGGAAAAUCUCACAUUUUCUUCUGGACGUGGAACAACAACAGCCUCCAACGCAAACAGGGGAUCUUCGGGAAAUUGGAAAAGCCAAAGUUCGUCCAGUGCGUGGCCUUCCUGCAGAGUGGGGACAUUCUGACUGGAGACUCGGGGGGCGCCCUGUUGGUGUGGAGCAGAACUGCAGACACGGCCAGCAGCAAAGGCCUGAGAGCCUACCACAUCACACGGCAGGUCAAGGCCCAUGAGGGCAGUGUGUUCUGCCUCAGUGACACCAGAGGGGGCGCUGUGCUCAGUGGAGGAUCAAAGGACAGAAGAGUGGUUCUAUGGGACCACAGCCUGAGAGCAGAGAAGGAGAUGGAGGUACCCGAGGCGUUCGGCAGUAUCCGUGCAGUUGCUGAGGGAAAAGGAGACGAGGUUUUAGUGGGAACUUCAAAGAACUUUAUCCUGAGGGGAACCUUCACAGAGGGCUUCACCGUGGAGGUUCAGGGACAUACGGACGAGCUCUGGGGUUUGGCAAGUCACCCGAGCGCAGACCUGUUCCUAACCUGCGCUCAGGACCGACUGGUCUGUCUGUGGGACGCACGGGAGCACAGGCUGAGGUGGAGCAGGAGUCUGGAGGAACAUGGACACUGUGCAGAGUUUCACCCGAGUGGGAACGUGGUCGUGAUCGGGACUCAUUCCGGGAAGUGGUACGUUCUGGACGCAGAGACCACUGACCUUGUGGCGAUUCACACAGAUGGAAACGAGCAACUUUCAGUGCUGCGCUUCUCCACCGACGGGAGCUUGCUUGCUGUGGGGUCACAUGACAACUUCAUUUACCUGUACACCGUAUCUGAGAACGGACGCAAGUAUAACCGCUACAACAAGUGCUCGGGACACUCCAGUUACAUCACUCACUUGGACUGGUCUCCUGACAACAGCUUCAUCAUGUCCAACUCUGGAGACUAUGAGAUUCUCUACUGGGAUGUGGUGAAUGGCUGUUCUCAGAUCAGGAAUCGUUCCGACUGUAAAGACAUCGACUGGGCCACGUACACCUGUGUCCUGGGCUUCCACGUGUUUGGGGUGUGGCCUGAGGGCUCAGAUGGUACAGACAUUAAUGCUCUGGUUCGGUCUCAUAAUCGUCGAGUCAUUGCUCUGGCUGACGACUUUUGCAAAGUUCAUCUGUUCUCCUACCCCUGCAGCACGCCGAAGGCUCCCAGUCACAAAUACAGCGCUCACUCGAGUCAUGUGACAAAUGUCAGCUUCCUAUUCGCUGACAGUCACCUGAUCUCAACGGGUGGGAAGGAUACCAGCGUGCUGCAGUGGCGAUUGGUGGAGAGUAGCACUGGCCCAGCCCCCAAGGCUCCUCCCCCUGUGGAGACUACACCCACAGCUAAUGGGGAGCCAGAGCCUGCCCUGACUCCGCCCACCUCUGACACACUCAGUUUGAUGGACAGUCUGGAGCCGACUCCCCCUCUGACUCCGCCCUCUUAG